AAUGAAUGGAAGGGGAUGGGUUGUAGUCGACCAAAUACUUUCGUUUUAGUUACGCGCGCUAGAGUAAGGCGAGCGGUCGUCAUAAACAUGAAGGUUCCAGCAUGUUUGCUUGUCCUGGCUGUCGUUUACUUGGAAGUGGACUCCAAGUUCAGUCCACCAAAAGUUCAUGUCUACAGCUUCAAGCCAGCAAAGUUUGGGGAGCAAAACACGGUGAUCUGUCACGUGAGCGAAUUCCACCCCCCUGACAUCCGUAUCCAGAUGUUCAAGAAUGGAGAGGUGAUUGGCAAGGUGGUUCAGACAGAUCUAAGCUUCAAGAAGAACUGGCACUUCCAUCUGACCAAGCACAUUGAGACUACACUUGUGCAAGGAGACAAGUUCAUGUGUGAAGUCAUUCAUGGAACGAGUGCCUCAAAAUACUUCGACUGGGAGGUCAACAUGUAAGAAGAGGUCCAGUGAUCUGUGAAACCUAAGAAAUGCACUAUCCAGCAAAAAUAACGCAGGAAUUUUACCUUUCAUUCCUUCACAUCUUCCAUUGAUCUGUGUCUGUUGAGGGACAUUGGGAUUGGGUGGUUCUUAAUUUGAUGUCUUCAAUCAAUCAUAUCACACUUUCAAUUAUUUUAAGGCACUAUCAAUCUUUUGCUCAUGGCAACUGCCACUUUUUUCCACAUGAAAUAGGGUCUAAGGAAAUGGUUGAUUAAAUGUUAGCCAACAUAAUCAGUUUGGAAAACAAAUGUUGGUUUCUUUUUGCACUAUUCUUAAUAUCUUGAUUUAUAAAAUGGAAAAAAAUGUCAUGAACUUUCCUAAUAAAAAAAUUUCAUCUUUCA